UCCCAUUUUCCGCAUACGGUUUAUGAGCCUUCUGGUUCGAGAGGAGUGCCGCAACUCAGUCGCCGGAGGCUAACCCAACCAUUGUUUCUCUCUUACUGCCGGUAAUGGGCCCUUCUUCGUCCCGUUCCUCGCCUACAUCUAGGGAAGCUGCCGAAGACCUCCGCAGGAAUCGAAUCCUCUCCAGUAAGCUCUACUUCAAUGUGGCUCCAUCCAAGGUUGCCGUCAUCUAUUCUCCCUCUUACGAUAUAGCGUUUCUUGGAAUUGAGAAGCUGCACCCAUUUGACUCUUCAAAGUGGGGCCGCAUCUGCCAGUUCCUGACUAAUGAACAUGCUUUAGAUGAGAAUAGCAUAGUAGAGCCAUUUGAAGCUUCGAAGGAUGAUUUAUUAGUGGUGCAUCCAGAAUCAUAUUUGGAUCGUCUCAAGAGCAGUGUGAAUGUUUCCAUGAUUAUAGAGGUUCCCCCUGUUGCAAUGCUUCCCAAUUGCCUUGUUCAGCAAAAGGUGCUACAUCCAUUUCGCUUGCAGGUGGGAGGUUCAAUCCUGGCAGCAAAACUUGCUAAGGAACGGGGUUGGGCCAUCAAUGUGGGUGGUGGUUUUCACCAUUGUUCAGCUGAGAAAGGCGGUGGCUUUUGUGUUUAUGCUGAUAUUACUCUUUGUGUUCAAUAUGCCUUUGUUCGCUUAAAUAUUUCUAGGGUUAUGAUUAUUGAUCUUGAUGCUCACCAAGGGAAUGGCCAUGAAACAGAUUUCAGUAACGACCGAAGGGUUUACAUAAUGGACAUGUACAAUUCUCAAAUAUAUCCUUUAGAUUACGAGGCAAGAAGGUACAUUGACCAGAAAAUUGAGUUAGUGAGCGGUACUAGAACAAAGGAAUAUCUAGAAGAUUUGGACAGAGCACUCGAGGUUGCAAGGAAUCAAUUUGAUCCUGAGUUGCUGGUUUACAAUGCUGGCACUGAUAUUCUAGAUGGAGAUCCUUUGGGAAGGUUGAAGGUGAGCUCGGAGGGAGUGGUGAUAAGAGAUGAGAAAGUGUUCAGGUUUGCAAAAGAAAAGAAUGUUCCCAUUGUCAUGCUAACUUCAGGCGGAUAUAUGAAAUCAAGUGCUAGAGUUAUUGCAGAUUCUAUUAUAAAUCUCUCUAUGAAAAAAUUGAUUGAUCUGAACCCUUCUGCAAAUAACAAUAUUUAAUAUUCUGAAGGCAUAGCCGUGCUGUAUUAUAGACGUCCAUCGCAUUUAACCAUGUAAAAAUGUACAUACAUAAGAAAAUAUUGCUCCAGAAAGCAAGCAUUUAUAUAAUGUAUGUACUGGAUGCACACAACCUCACCUGUUCUUUGUUUGGUAUGAUUUAUUUAUAAUCGUCUUUACAUUUGAAAUUGGUGAUGUUUGGCUCUUGAUAGUGCUCGCCUUUUUGGCAUUUUUAAUAAAA